GAGCUGGUGUUUGUUCUCCUGUCCCUAUCAGUUGAUGGGUUAUGGACCUUGUUGUAGGGAUUCAAGAGCUGCAUGAUUCUUCUUCACCUCCAAAAUCUGAAAUUCAGAAGCUUAAAGAAGGAACAGAGCAGAUGAUGACUUCAAAAGGUCAAAUAUGCUCUCAGAUAUUGGACAAACAGAGAAAGGUCGCUUCUUUGGAAGCUGAUUGUCGCACACUGAUGCAGACUUUGGAGCUAGUCCACCAAGGAGUAAGCUUAUUGGCCAAACUUGUUGAGAAAAGCACUUACUAUGCCAAGGUUGCUGAGGAUAUAGAUGUCAAAUUCCAGAAGCUACAAGUAAGAUUUCUCAAGUUUUGACCUCUCAACUUCAGAAUGUCCACCAAGCUGAC